CUUGAAAAUCUAAUAUUUUGACUCCAAAUCUAAUUUUGUUCAGGAAAAUUAAUAAAAUUUUAUAAAGUCACGUAUCCUAGUCAACCAGUAUAUAUACAUAUAACCUAUUAACCCUAACCAUAAAACACUACCCCCAAAACCUAACCUUAACCUAAAAUACAAAAAUUCAAAAGCAGGACUCUUUUUCUCAAUUCUCUGCGAUGGCUGACCCUAAUGAGGAGAUGACAAAGAUUUUCAACAAGUUUGACAGAAAUGGCGAUGGAAAGAUUUCUGUCGAUGAGAUUAAAGAGAGCCUUAAUGACUUGGGCGUCAAGGUAUCAUCAGUCCAGUCCCUGAUGGAACAAUACGAUAAAGACAAUGAUGGCUAUGUUGAUAUUAAGGAGUUCGCCGAGCUCUACAAGAACUGUGGGUUAGAUGGCGGAAUGCAGGAAUCAGAUCUCAAGGAUGCUUUUGACGUGUAUGAUAUUGACAAGAAUGGAUUGAUUUCUGCAACAGAACUUCAUUCAAUUUUAAAUAAGAUUGGAGAGAAAGUCAGUGUAAGUGAUUGUAUUCGUAUGAUUGGUAAAGUUGAUAAAGAUGGUGAUGGGCAUGUCAAUUUUGAGGAGUUUAAGAUUAUGAUGUCAAAUUUAUCUUGAAGUUAUAGGAAUUAUGUUAGGUAGUUGACAGUGUAAAAGAUGUUAGUUUGAUUAAAAAGCUUAGUGCAUUGAUCCUACGAACUAUAAUAAGCUAUUACGUAAAUCCUAUGUUUUUUUUCUGAUUUUUACUUUCUAAAAGUUAUUCUGCAUAAAGGAUAACAUUAAUUUUGUGAUUUUCAUCUUACAAAUUGAAGCUAUUGUAUAGCUAUUUGCAAGGAGGAACCUUAA